AGACCUAUAGUACAACUUGGAUGGUAUUUGUAAAACUGAACUUGUCAAUUCCUCUGUGUAUAGUCUGUGAAUAUAAUAAGUCAAUUUUCUUUAGACCAUUUUUAUCAACAGAAAAGUCAAUAUAAACAUCACAUUAACAGAUAUCAAUAUUUGAAGUUCUUUAAGGUUUGAAGAAGUAGCCAGAAAACCAUAUUUAAAGUAUAUCAUAUACUGUUGAAGUGUUUUAUUUUCUCUUUGGAUAAUAUCAUGGUAGAUCAGUGAAUUUAUAACUUUGGGAUUAAAUAUUUGUAAGAUUGGUGAUCAUAAAAUAAUCAUGGUUCCUGGAUAAUGUUUUAUGCUCUUUAGAUAACUGAGAAAUAGUGAAAAAAUGCUUUUCAUUAGUCAAAACAGGUUAACAUCUGCUGUCUAAGUCAGUCAGAAUGAGCAACAAGGAUUCAGAGGACUACCUCUCCGAUGGAGAAACCACUGCACGGGGAGCUGAUGAUGAUAGUAGCAGUAGUUCCAGUGAUGACAGCGAUGGAGAAGAGGGGGAAGAUUCAGGAUAUGAUAAUGGCGGGGGACAACCGACCCUAUCCUUGAUGGAUGGAGCUUCUAUCCUCAUACAACAGGGUCCAGAAGAUGAGGAGGAUGAAGGGGAAGCUGACAUAGACACAGGAAUUAGUACGCAAGCAGACACAGAAACCGAGGUAGAUAAAAAACUGGAAGAAGAAAAAAAAGAAUUAGAUAAAAAAGUGAAAAAGAAAAAGAAACGAAAGAAAAUCUACUAUAUUUGUCUCACAAAUUGCAAGUAUGAUGUCGUACGAAAGAACUCCAAGCGGUUUGGAUUCAAGGAAGUAUCUGAUGAUGACGAAUGGACAUUAUACUGGACUGAUUAUUCUGUGGCCCUGGAAAGAGUUAUGGAGAUGAAAAAAUAUCAGAAAAUAAAUCAUUUUCCUGGAAUGAGUGAGAUAUGCAGGAAAGACAUGUUAGCCAGAAACUUAAACAGAAUGCUCAAGAUGUACCCAAAAGAAUAUAACAUAUUCCCUAAAACUUGGUGCUUACCUGCAGACUAUGGAGAUUUCCAAGCUUACACAAGACAGAAGAAAAAUAAGACAUAUAUACUGAAACCUGAGACUGGCUGUCAAGGGAAAGGAAUCUGGGUGACAAAAAAUCCUAAAGAAAUCAAACCACAUGAGCACAUGAUUUGUCAACAGUACAUGCCAAAGCCAUUUCUGAUUGACAAUUUCAAGUUUGACUUCAGACUGUAUGUGCUAGUGACCUCAUGUGAUCCAUUUAGAAUUUUUCUGUUUAACGAUGGUUUAGCUAGAUUUGCUACAAACAAAUAUGUAGAACCAAGUCAUAAUAAUAUAGAUAAUGUUUUCAUGCAUUUAACAAAUUAUGCCAUAAAUAAACAUAGUGAGGACUUUGUGAGGGAUGAUGAGGCUGGAAGUAAAAGGAGAAUUAGUACAAUAAAUAGAUUUUUGAAGGACAAAGGCUAUGACAUUGAUAAGAUGUGGACAGAAAUAGACGAUGUUGUGAUAAAAACAUUAAUUUCUGCUCAUUCUAUACUCAAACACAACUACCGCACAUGCUUUCCUAAUCAUGUCAAAGGCAGCGCAUGUUUUGAAAUCUUAGGAUUUGACAUACUGCUGGACAGGAAGCUUAGACCCCAAGUCUUAGAGGUCAAUCACUCUCCCAGUUUUAAUACAGAUUCAGAACUGGAUAGAGAAAUUAAAGGUGCUUUAGUCAUGGACUCUUUAAAUUUAGUCAAUUUUGGUGCUUGUGAUAGAAGAAAAUGCAUAGAAGAGGAGAAAAAGAGAAUUAAAGACAGAUUAAUGGGAAGAGGGACAAAGAAGGAAUCUAAAGAAGAAUUAGAAAUGGCCCAGACACAAUACCAAGAGUAUUUAGAGAGAUAUGAGAACAAUCAUAUGGGAAACUUCAGAAGGAUAUUUCCAAAUUCAGGAUCAGAGAAAUACGAGAAAUUCUUCCAUAGUAGUGGCACUUUGUUCCAAGAAACUGCAGCUUUCAAAGCCAGGAGUGAAAUGGCCAGGCAACAGCGAGAUGAAAUCGCCAGAAAAAAAGAAAAAUUGGAAUCUAUGUUGAAGGGAAAGAAAAGUCAGUCAUCCAUUAGACCAGAAAGUCCAAACAGUAGGAGACGAAGGUCACUAAAGCGAACCACCAUGCCCUCUCGGAGACUCUCAGGUUCCAGGAAUAGUUGUUCUGAGACCAUAGGUAGUGAGUCUGACCGACGAUUUAAUGAUGAGCCAUUGGAUACCAGUAAACCAAUGGACAUCUUAGAGGAAGAAGAACUGGAGAGAAUCAGUGGUUUGUUACAACGUGAUAACCUAGUCAGAGGUCUGGGCAUAGUGGAACAUGUGUAUCGUCUCCUCCAUUGUACACCAGGAACUAUGGGAGUAAUGAAGACAGAUUCAAGACCUUUACCUCCACCCUUGGACAAUCACAGAUGGCUUUGUGCCAAUCGGCAAAAUGAAUCAUGCCUUGCUGGGCAACGAGCCCCCAUCAGAAUAAAAGAUCGUCAGUAUUACAAAAAGUUACUGGAUCGCUACUUUGGACAUAACCAUGCUUUAGCCAAUGAAAACAUCACUAAGACUGAAAAGAAUGCAAGUAGAUCAGGUCAUAAUAGAUAUGGAACAAAUUACGAUAGCAGCGUGUUCUUUCAUGCAAGGGAAGAUCCCAACAGACAGUUUCCACAGGUGCGUCUAUCUUAUAGCACCAAUGAUAGAAAGGUUGUUUUAACACACCAGCCCUUCACUCAAGAUGAUAUUGAAAAUGAAGAGCUGUUUGAUUUGGAGAGUGGUCGUGAAGCGGAUUUAACACGCCGGCAACACAACCACCAUCAUCACGAUCAUUCUUUAUCAUCUGCACUUACCAAUUCCAUGCAUACCCUCACUAAUAAUGACAAUAAUUCUAUAUCAUCUAUCAAUCAGCCUAACUACAAUUCUGGACGAGUUUCCACGUGGCAGGGCAAGGCAGGAAGUCUAAGUAACCUGAAUGAGAAGACAGUACCAUCAUAUCAGAGAAAUAAGUUUGUGAAGAAACCUUUAGGAGGAAAUCCAAGGUCAAACUCGGGUGCCCUUGUUAUCCAAGAAUCUGAGUUCAGAAGCAAUUUAUCACACCUUUUAGACACAGAAGCUGAGAGAAACAGAAUAUUGGCCAGGAAUGGCUACGCUUCUGACUGGAGAUCAGAUGUAGCAACGCCAAACAGUAAACGGACAUUAAGUGCCCAGGGCCAGAGGAAAGAUGGAGGUUGGCGUUACAUUGCACACAACUCAAACUACCCACUUUGGCAGUAUCAUUUAGAUAAUAACACAUCAAAACCCUUGGAGUUACCGAGCGUAAACCUACCAAGAGUCGCACCCAAUAAUGGUCCGCCGGGUCUAUCAGUGGUCUCGGCCCCUGCCCCCGUAGUACAGAGACCUGAUCUUGGACAUCCUGGAUCAGCCACCCCUGGAAGUAACAUAAGUCGUAUAGGAUCUCAACAAUCUAUAUCAGAAGGCCAGAAUUCUGCCUCUCUCAGGUCUACCAAAUCACAACGUAUUAGAGGAGCAUCUAAUAAUCUCCGCAUACGUCAAAUAGAACUGAGAGAGAACCACGCUACGGUACUCAGCUGACAGAAUACAAACUGUUAAAGCCAUUACACCUAUGUAUAUAUAUGGCAUGCCUGCAUCAGACCCAGUUACCUAUCCAGAACAGACUCUCUGAUAUAUUGUUGAUAUUUAAGUGUAUUUCUGGGUGCAGAGAAAAAGUUAGACAAUUUGCUGAACUAUGGCAUUGACCCUUACAAAAAUUAUUUUUAUAGGGAAGCACUAUAAAUUACAAGUUUAAUAGAAGGAAUAAUUGUAAACAAAGAAAAAAAGAAUAUGUUACAAAUAUUACAACAAGAUACAGAAUUGAUAUUAGUACUGUAAGGUAUAUUUAUUGAAGGUUAAGAAAUCACUAAGGGCUUCAUCUGCAUGUCAAAUUCAGCACAUUGUCUAAACAGUGUAAGUAGGUAGGCACUUGUCCUGACAGUCUGGACAAAAAGUGUGCAAUCAGACCAAUUAUUCCGUCCAUAUUUUCUGAAUUUUCUGUGAUAGGGUAAACUAUGUGAUAUUGAUACACAAAUCUUUAUUUUUGUCAUUUCUAUUUAUAAGAUAUAUUUUCAUAUUGAAUUUUGUUGCAGACAUUUCACCUAUAAUUAUUGGUCAGAGUUUUGUCAUUACUUCAGAAGUUUAAAAUGUUGAGCAUUAGUUUUAUUUUAUUUUUGAAUUGACAUUUUUCAUUUUAUCUUUGCAAGUGAUCAGGUUUUGGGUAUUAUGAAUCAUUACAGAAAAAGCUUUCUUUCACAAAUUUUUGUACCUUUGUGUACACUAUGCAGGUUGGACAACACUUUCAGCAUUUUUUAGUAUCUCCUCAAUGAAGUUGUAAAUGCUAGACUUAGACCUGCUGUUUCCAGCAAAGGUAGUGUCAACAUUUUGUUAAAGUUUGUGAUAAGAAACCGCUAAUUGAAGGUCAAUAAUAUUUGAGAUGUAACAGUUGUAUAAGCAUUUGCACAUCUCAUUUCCAAGGAAAUAAUUCCUCCUCAGUCAUGCAUAUUUUACAUGUUUAAGUUUGUAAAUAGGUCUGUUUAAGGGAAAUACUAUUGGUAAGCCAAUUAUAUUUGAUAUAUAGUUGUAUAGGCAUUAGCAAAUCUCAUUUCCAUGAAGAUAAUAUGACCCUGCCCCCUCAGUUAUGGUUCAUUGAUUUUGAAACUUUUGCAUAGUUUACAUGUUAAAGUGUUGAAUUUCAACAUUUGAUUUGCCUAAUAUUAUCAAAAUCACAAACAGGCAAGACAUAUCUUUGUGUCAACAGUUAAUAGAAUUUUUCAGUAAAGUUCUUAAAAGUUCUUAUCUAAAGUAAUUUCAUUUAAGUCUGAAAACAUAGUUUUGGUAAAUGAGACCACAGUUGUCCUUAAAUAGUCAAUGUUACCCCUUUUAUUUAAAUAUUGGGAAACUAUGACUGGAAAUGAAACAAAUAAAUCUUUGUUUUCCAUGUUGAUUCAAUCGUAAAGUGAAUAUUUGAUAGUCGACCUUAUAUUUACAGAGUAGGGUAUUUUGUAUUUAUUGUAAAACAACAAAUUUUUUUUGGUAUCUAAACAAAGUUAAGUAAUAAUUCAUUUAUAUCUGAAGUAAGUGUUUUUUUCUUUCAAUUUUAUCAUAAUACAUGUGUAUUUAAAAUUUGUGCCUUUAAUAUAAGACAGUGCUGACAGUUUCAUUUCAGUCAUAAUUUGACUUUAGACUGAAUUGAUAUUUGUUUUAACAUUAGUACCAACAACAUUGUAUCAAACAAAUGUUGACAAAUAUUAUAAAUAGAUCUUAUUGCAUUUCAUAUACAAAUCUUAGAAUGGAUGCAUUCAGAAUUUUAAAACUUUACAUUUUAUGUUGUCCUCCUUGUUAUGCCAGUGUAUCUGUAUAAUUUAUGGUAUUUAUUUUUUGAUGUUACAUAUUUUUAUACAUUCUUAAUCUGUGAUAUGUUUUAUUGCUGUGCCUUCAUCAAUGUAAGCACAUUUUUCUGUGUAGUCUGUUUUAUGUGCCAAAUCUGAACUUUUUCCUUAUUUAUUUCUUUUUAUAAAUUUCAAUAUUGAAUACUCUUUUCUUUUAAUGUGUUUUUAAUUUUUUAAAAGUAGCAGUUUGGCAAUUUAAAUUAUUUGCAUCGUUAUCAUUAAAUAUAUAUAAAAGUUGAUGGUUUAAUGAUUUGGUCUUUGUCAGGUUGUGCAACUGAAAAAAAGACAAAUAUAAAUUAAGAACACAAUUCUUAAUAAUUUUUUCAAGAAUUUCAUCAGCAAAUUUUGAAUUCUUUAUAUAACUACACAUCUUUUGGUUUUUACUGUCAUUGAAAAAUUAAGUAGCUUCAAAGUCAUAUUUAUUCAAUUUAUUUCUUUGUCAUAUUCUCCCAGCCUGAAUCUUUGAAAAACUGUUUAUCAGAUUUAAACUUAUGUUAACAGUCUUGCCUCUUUAGAUGUUUUACCAUUUAUGGACAAAAGCAUCAUGAUGAUAGGCAUUCUUGGUAAUUGUGAAAGUUUUAUCUUACAUUUAUAAGCCUUAUGUUUUUACAGUUUUUAGAUAAACAAGGGGUAUUAUAAUUGUCAGAUAUACAGAUUUUUUUUGGCAGUUAAAACUUGAAGAUUGCUAGCUAAACUUACAAAAGAACAUUGUUCUGUUCAUACGUUUUAUUUAGUUUAUGAAGAUUGUCAUAUUAUCAGUAUUAUGUUAGGUAUGUGAUUUUUGUUGUUGUUUGUUCAGUCAGAGAGAAUGUGACAACAUUGUAUGUAACUUGUUUGUAAAUAUCAUAAAAUGGUUACAGAAUUGUAGACAAUAUAUAUUUAAUAAUUAAAAUAAUUUAUCUUCUAA